AUGGCUGUUGAUGGUGUGCAUUUUUGGGUCUCUAUGCUCGAUGUCCUGGAUAUUCUCAACGAGAUUAAUGCGCUCAUGAUCAAGAUCUCAGCAGACCAUGCUAUGGGAAAGGAGCAUUUUGUGGCGUUGAAAAUGAUUGAAAUAAACGAGAAGGAAACCCUCGAAGACAACGAAAACGUGCUCGUCACCCGUCCGGAAGUAGUGACGAGACAUACAAACUCGUAG